GCUUGUGAUUCCCUAUCACCAGAGCUAGGGCCAUCGCGCCGGGAGCGCAACUGGUUCCCGGUGCAACUCCGGGAUCGGCCGAUGUGAUGGCCGGGAGGUAGCUCAUGUGCUUGCUGAUCACUGGAGGCCACGAUGUUUGCUCGAAGUGCAGCGCGUUCCGUACCAUCCCGGCCCGGUGAGGCUGUGGAAGUCGAGGAGAGCCUGGGGGUUUUGGAGCGGGCCCGUCGCUUCGGGACCUCGAAGCUGUCGCUGCAGCGGCUGGUUUUCGUGCACGAGCUCGUGGAGUGCGCGCACGACAUAGGCUACGAUGCCACAGUGGCAUACCUCCUGCCCCUGGUCCAAAACCUGGUGACGGAUCCAGAGGUGCUGGUGCGACAGUCCUUGAUGGAGCGCUUCGGCGACCUGGCAGGCUUUCUCAUCCAAGCAGAUCCCGAGAAGGGCUAUGAGAAGGUGGCUCGCGCGCUGCUGCCCACGGCCAAGCUGCUCCUGGCCGAGAAGGCCAACGACGUGCGGCAGAGCGCCAUCGACGCCUUCAUCACCUUGGCCUCGCACCUGCGCGCUGGAGAUUGCGGGGACCAGGUGUUGAUGCCCGUGAUCGCGCUCUCGCAGAGCAACGAUGACGAGGAGGCGAGAAGCACUGCCGUGCAGCUGCUCAGCAGCCUUGCGGAGGCCCUGGGCCCGGACCUGUGCAAGCAGUUCGUGGGUGUGCAGCUCGAAGCCUUCUGCGAGGACCAGUCCUUCCGCGUGCGCAAGGCGGCGGCUGCAGGUUUCGCAGAGGUCGCUCGAAUGCUCUCCUGCGCUGACGUACUGCGGCGCCUCGUGCCGGCGUUCGAGAAGCUCACCAAAGACCCGCAUUGGGGGGUGAAGAAGGCCGCAGCGGAGAACCUGGUCACGUUUGCUCUGACGGUCCCUGUUGACCAGCGCCAGGAGGCCUUCCAGCCCAUGGUGAACAGCCUGCUGAAGGAUAAUUCCAGGUUCGUGAGCUGCGCCAUGUUGCAACAGCUCGGGUACUUCAUCGGGGCGCUGGAGGGCGCGGAGCACCAGCCCGUGGUCUUCAUGACGCAGUUCGUCGCGGUGAUCCGCCAGUCCAAGGCCAAUCCUGACGCUGCGGACAUGACGUAUCAUUGCGCCUUCACCUUUGCUUCCGUCACGCGGACCAUGGGCAGCGCCGAGUGGCCGUCUUUGAAG